AUGAGUGUAGUGACUGGAGGUCAUAUGAUAAGGAAUGAGUUUAUAAGCGGUGACAGCUUAGGCAUGAGAGUAGAAAAAAUUAGAGAAAAUAGACUGAGAUUGUUUGGGUAUGUCUUGGAGAGAUGAAUCUGAAACAGUAAUAAUUGUAAUGCAAAUAAACGCAGGAAGAAAAAGUGGUUAGAUGCUACUGAGAAUGAUAUGAGAAUAGUCGGUGUUUGCAGGAUGGUAGAUUGGGUCAAUUGGAAGUUUAUAGGACGAAGGUGGUCGACUAAGAAAAGUUGGAAUGAAGACGAAGGAGAAGAAGAAAAAUAA